AAACAGGGGUUUAUCGACCGUAAUCUCCAUUUUGAAUGUUUUUGUGGUUUAGGGUUUUAUGGCACGCCUCCUUUCUCAUGGCUGGAAACGAGUAAAUUGCAUGGAUUACACAGACGGUGUUAUGAAUCCGGACUAAAAAAACGGACGAUAUCCGAGUUGCGGGGUUUUCUUGUGAAGCGACCGGAGGCUUUCGCUACUACUGCUGCUGCUGCUGUUGUUGUUGUUGCUAAUCGCUAACAGCGCAACGUCUAAACAAAACAAUGACAAAUGAUGCAACAAAUCAAAACGGGAACUUAUAUAUCAACAGCAAUGCAAGAUGGAUCAAGGAGGACUGAAGACCGGCGCCAAGAGAGAUGAUCAUCUGAAGACGUUGGAUUACAGCAACAGCCCAGUCGAGGGAAUUUUUCGAAGCGGACUCCAAAGCGUCAUGUCUGUCGCCCCCACCUCGCUGGUUCCUCCGCCCAAUCCGCUGAUGCAGCCGGCUUCUGGGGAUCUUCCCAAUGGCAUGAGCAACUCGCCUACUUUUGAGGAGCACUCCACUUCCGUGUCCUCCACCUUUGGCAUCUUUGAGGAAGAUACAGAGCUCAAAAUGGGUGGGAAGGAGCAGAGACCCCAUCAACACCAAACCCUGGGAGCUUUCACUUUGGGAGACAGCUUCUCAAGUCUGGAGGCCAGCAUCGCAGACCUCAACAACACCUCCCCUUCAGCGGACUCCCUGAUUGGUGGAUUCGACGCCAAUCUCUUUCCUAUAAAAACAGAGUUUUCUCCAUUGGAUAAAGGCGAUAUGGACCUUGAGAAUGAUUCCUUUGGGCCUAUUGGGAAAGAUGUUGAUGUUGGCAAUCAUAAGCUCUUUAGUGACAACACUCUGGACCUCCUGCAGGACUUCGAGUUGGACGGAUCACCCUCUGAUUUCUAUGUGGAGGAUGACGCGUUCCUCUCCACCAUAGGUGACGAUGCUCUGCUCGGAGACAUGCCGACAAAUACGGAGAGUGAUUUGAAAGCCGGAGUCUCGAUGAGCAAUGGCACGACCAGCACCAUUUCCAGUUCCUCCAGCAUCAACACGGUCACCGCCAGCAUCAGUUUGCCCACCGUGAAGGUGGAGAAGGACUCUAUAAUCCAGCUGUGCACUCCUGGGGUCAUCAAGCAGGAGAACAACGGUGGGACUAACUACUGUCAGGGGAGUCUGCACAGCACACCUAUUAACAUUUGCGGAGUCACCACUUCAAGUGGACAGAGCUUCCUAUUUGGCACCGGUCCAUCCACAGCUGCUGUCAGUCAGAAGAAAGAUCAGAAGUCUGUCUUUAACAUGUUCACCCCUGUGACCUCUACAGAAGAGAGUUGGGGCCGGGGCCAGGGCUUUGGGAAUGCAAGUGAAAUGCAGCAGAGGGCCAGCGAAUGCUUUUCCAAAAACUACGCAAGCCCCUAUGCCAGACCUGAAGAGCGCACGGCCACGACCUCAGCUGCGGGGAAGUCUGGCACACACAAAAGCUGUCUUGUGUGCUCUGAUGAUGCUUCAGGCUGCCAUUACGGAGUCCUCACCUGCGGAAGCUGUAAAGUCUUCUUUAAGAGAGCAGUUGAAGGGCAACACAAUUACCUGUGCGCUGGACGGAACGAUUGCAUCAUUGAUAAAAUCCGCCGGAAGAACUGCCCUGCCUGUCGUUACCGAAAAUGCCUCAUGGCAGGCAUGAACCUAGAUGCUCGUAAAACCAAGAGAGGGAAUCAAUCCGGAAAGGUGAUCCAGCAGCCGUCGGUUCCAGAGCACAGUCUUCCUCCGCUGCCUGAGCCCCGGGCACUGGUGCCCAAACCCAUGCCCCAGGUGGUGCCCACCAUGCUGUCACUGCUGAAGGCCAUCGAGCCGGACACCAUCUACGCCGGAUACGACAGCACCAUACCGGACACCUCCACCCGCAUUAUGACCACUCUGAACCGGCUGGGCGGCCGGCAGGUCAUCUCCGCGGUCAAAUGGGCCAAAGCUCUGCCAGGGUUUAGGAACCUGCACCUGGAUGAUCAGAUGACCCUGCUGCAAUGCUCCUGGCUCUUCCUCAUGUCCUUCGGACUGGGCUGGAGGUCAUACCAGCAGUGUAAUGGAAACAUGCUGUGUUUCGCACCAGAUCUAGUCAUCAAUGAAGAGAGGAUGAGGUUGCCCUACAUGAAUGAUCAGUGUGAACAGAUGCUGAAGAUCUCCAAUGAGUUUGUGAGACUGCAAGUGUCCAACGAGGAGUACCUGUGCAUGAAAGUCCUUCUGCUCCUGAGCACAGUGCCGAAGGAUGGUCUGAAGAGCCAGUCAGUGUUUGAUGAGCUACGGAUGUCUUACAUUAAAGAGCUGGGCAAGGCUAUUGUGAAGCGAGAGGAGAACUCCAGCAAGAACUGGCAACGAUUCUAUCAGCUCACUAAGCUACUGGACUCCAUGCAUGAUAUGGUGGGUGGACUCCUGAACUUCUGCUUCUACACCUUUGUGAAUAAAUCCCUCAGUGUGGAGUUUCCCGAAAUGCUAGCGGAGAUCAUCAGCAACCAGUUACCAAAAUUCAAAGCUGGGAGUGUCAAAUCGCUGCUCUUUCACCAGAAGUGACGGUCCUCCUCCCAGCAGCAGGACACGAUGCCUUAAAAGUCCACCCCAGCGGGACAACAGAGGCGUGUGAGAGCGCUGAGAGCCAGGACCGUAUGCAACCCAGCACACAACUCCAAGAUUGACCACAGUAAAGUGGACUCGGAGGAAGAGACGGGUAACUAGAGGUUGUAAAAACCUAAAAAAAAAAACGGCUGAACUGUUGAAAUGACGAAUUUCCCCAUACAUGUCGUCUCAGGUGUUUGACUCCCAGCAUCAACUGUUAGUAGAUGAAAGCUUAUUGUCUAAGGUCUCUUAUUAAGUAGAGUUCAACACGUCUCUUAUUUUUGGAGCGGAUGCAACACUUACAGUCCAGUAGGCGCAGAUCAUAUAGUCAAAAGCGGAGUAUCAUACUUUGUAACUUCAGAUGAUAACACUUUGAAAUAAUCAUGUCAAUAAUAUGCAGAGAUAAUGGCUUCGGCUUGGUUUGAAAAUGAAAUGCAUUUUGUAUGACACCAUAUCUAUAUUGUUUUAAAACAACUCAUUAACAGUUACAUAUAUACAUAUAUAUAUACAGAAAAAGGGAAAAUAUGUGCCUUUUUAUUUUUAGCUUUACUCUUUUAGCCGUUUUCUUGACUCGUUUACAACCAGACAUCCAGAACUACUACUUCAUAGUCGAUUGUACUUUUAUACCCACAUGCACUUGUAAUUUCAAAAAACAGCGCUUUUUAUUUUAUUUUAGCCAGCUUUGUAAUCAUUAGUGUGAUCUUUAAAAAAAAAAAGUGAUCCUUAUCGACGAGUCCGUCGAUUAUUUACGCUAAUAUCAGUAGAGAAAUGCAAAUCGAGCACUUUCACUCCUUGUAAAUACUUUAAAGGGGCUGGUUUAGAUUUGCUUUGCAGAAAAAGUGUAUUUGUGUUUAAAAAAAAGCCAUUUAUUAAUUAUGAAAUCCUCCUGUUAAUUCAUAUAGGAAUUAUGCAAUGUGAAACAUGUCUGUUUUUUUGUUUUAUGUUUGUCGUCUUUGUUCCUUGGCUUACAUAGUAAUGCCACAGUAUAAACAACCAAAACAAUGAAUGCAGAUUACAUUUCCUAUAACGUUCUGGAUUCAUACAAACAUGAUUUUAAUUGUAAGAUACAGUACAAUCACACUUAGCGACACCAAACAUCAACUCAGGCCCACUACAUUUAUAUUUUGCAGUACUUUUCAAACUCUAGAUCAUGUAAAACAGUGUUUGUUUUUUUAUCAGGUCCACACUAAUCCAUAUUAAACUAGCAUUGAUCUGUCUUGGUUAAAACAGUCAAAUUGUGGUGCAGGAGCAGGGUUUUAACUCUCUGGGAAUUUCUACUCACCAGUAUUGUUGCGAUGUUUCAUUUCUGUGCCAAACAUAUAUUGCUUUCAGUUUGUACAAACUAAAACUGUGCUCGUCUUAACAGUUGUCAAAGGUGUAUCUGUUCAAGAGAGGGAAAAACAGAAGAUAAUUAUAUUUUACAUUUUUCUUCUGUGGAAGCUUAAUGCAUCUUGUUUAAUACACAAAUAAAAAUCUGAUGAUAUCUCGAUCUUAGCAUUGCAUUGAUUUAGCGAACAACACUCAUUUUCAAACUAUAAUCCAUAUAUGAGCAGCACUUUUCACUUUGCUCUUCCGAUUCCUAAAGAUAUAUAUGAUAUAAAUAAACAGAUGUAUUUACAUGCACUUUUGCAACAUGUCUAAUAAAAUGUUCUCUUAAA